GGGGCGGAAGUACUGAAGUUGUUCGUGAUUAGCCAUUUUUUACAGAUUUGUUUGUUUUGGGGGGGUUAAGAAUCAGAUUUAUGGAUAUUUUAUGGGAGGAGACACUUCGGGUCUCCUUUAUAAUUACGAUCACAUGAGUACGUCGUAUUUGAAAGUGUAAAUUUUACGAAACAUGGUCAUAUAUAGGCUGUUUGCUGCUUAGCGUGUGAUGCUAACUUGUUUUGGGGUGCAUAUCUGACAGUUUUACGGGCGUAUUUCAAGGAGACAUCCAAAAACACUCGGGGAUCUUUAGUUUUAGAGGGACGUAGAUUGAGGAAACGGAGGUUAAAAUGUCUAUUCAGUACGAUGAGGCUGGUUUGGCGGGGAGUUUUGGGUCUUUUCCGAAGAGUUUUGACUACGGAGCGGAGGAGCCUGAGGUACAAAACCCGACAUCCAGCGACAAACCCCGGAUUCUGUUGAUGGGACUGCGGCGGAGCGGGAAGUCCUCCAUCCAGAAGGUGGUGUUCCAUAAAAUGUCGCCAAAUGAGACCUUAUUUCUGGAAAGCACAAAUAAAAUCUACAAAGAUGACAUCUCCAGCACUUCAUUUGUGCAGUUCCAGAUCUGGGAUUUUCCGGGACAGGUGGAUUUCUUUGACCCGACGUUCGACAGUGAGCUGAUUUUCAAAGGAACCGGAGCCCUUAUCUUUGUCAUCGAUGCACAGGAUGAUUAUGUAGAAGCCUUGAGUCGGUUACAUCUCACAGUGUCCCGGGCCUUCAGAGUGAACCCAAAUAUCAACUUUGAGGUUUUCAUUCACAAAGUGGACGGCUUAUCAGAUGACCACAAGAUCGAAACACAGAGAGACAUUCACCAACGAGCCAAUGACGACUUAGCCGACGCCAAUCUGGAAAAAGUACAUCUCAGUUUCUAUUUGACCAGUAUCUACGAUCAUUCCAUUUUUGAGGCCUUCAGUAAAGUCGUCCAGAAGCUCAUUCCUCAGCUGCCCACGCUCGAAAACCUCCUCAACAUUUUUAUAUCGCACUCGGGGAUAGAGAAGGCAUUCCUGUUUGAUGUGGUUAGUAAAAUCUACAUUGCCACGGACAGCUCUCCUGUGGACAUGCAGUCGUACGAACUGUGCUGUGACAUGAUCGACGUGGUCAUAGACGUCUCCUGCAUCUACGGGCUGAUGCAGGACGGCAGUGGCUGUGCUUAUGACAAAGAGUCUUUAGCAACGAUCAAACUGAACAACACCACAGUGCUGUAUCUGAAGGAGGUCACCAAGUUCUUGGCUCUAGUUUGUAUCCUGCGAGAGGAGAGCUUCGAGAGGAAAGGUUUGAUUGACUAUAACUUCCACUGUUUCCGAAAAGCUGUUCACGAAGUUUUCGAAGUGGGCGGAAUCUCGUCUCUCCUCGGGCAGAAACGAAACAGCAGCCUGAGUUUCGCCGCACUCAACGGGAGCAUUCUUUAACAUGGACUUUUUAGAAAUAGCUAUAAUUAAGACAAAAAUACUACCUUCAGUGCCAUGAGAAGACACAGAGGAGGCAGACAUUUGGGAACAAAGGAACAAAGGUUUGGUUCAUAAAUUGGACAUUGUUUGAUUUGAAUUUAUUUUUUUUUUUUUUUUUUUUUUACUAUUGAAAUUCUGACUUUUGUUUAAGCCCAUGGGAUUUCUCCUGGACAGUACAGCGUGAAAAAGGGUUAAGAGCAAGAGGCGAGACAUUGAACAAAGAAUUAAUUUUUUUUUUUUUGGAAAUGCUUGAAUUUGGGGCACAAUUAUCUAUUUUUGAAUCAUUGGAAGGCCUGAUUUUUAUUUUGCUACUGUUUAAUGACCUAAUUUUGAACACACAUAGAACAGCUUUCACAUUUUUGACAAGUUACAAUUUGGUGUGUGUGUUUUAUUUUUUUGUUUGUUUUUUGAAAUCAUAGAAAUCCAGGUUUUUUUUAUUUACAUGAGUGUGAUUGAAGUCUCUUGCUCCAGGACACAACAAAAGUAGGCCUAUAUUUUCAGCGGUGUUCGAGCUGGUUACCCUCUGGUUAGCGGUUAAAUCCUUAACUCGGUGUGUCACAGCCACCUCUCCGUUCUUUUUUCCGUAUGUUACAAAACCGUUUCAAAUGUUUACAGCCUUUUAAAGCACAACCCUAAUCUAUAAUAAUACUGAAACUGAAACUGAUUCUUUUUUUUCUAUUUACAUUUUGAGUUAAUCAUUUUCUGUUUCUUAGGCCUGACACGAUAACAAAUUUGAUACUAUAAUAUAUGUUUUAAUAUUGAAACUACUUUAUGCAUAAUAAUUAGCUGUAGAAGUCACUUAUUCAACCUUUAACAGCUCAAAUAUUAUUGUAUUACAACAAAAACAUACAAAAUCUCCCCACUUUUAAGGUGCAACUUUUCUGUUGGAGCCUUCGUCAAAUGCUUUUCUCCAUGAAGAUGUUAUUACUUAGUCUGAAAUGUUCACAGUGUGGCAUUAAACCUUUCUAUCUUUAUGGACACUAAACUAGACCAAGUUACAGGUCAGGUCUGUGGAGAGGCGAAGCCGCUCACAGUCUGAAUGUCUGUUUUUCUAGAUAUUUUUGAGCUAUAAAACCACCUGUAAUUGAGCUCUGUUUGGAAUGUUCAACAGUAUGACACUAAACAGCAAUGACAUCUUCGUAGAAACAAGCAGGUGAUGGACCCCCAACCAAAAAGUUCCACAGUGCACCUUUACAAAGAAGUUUAAUUUUGGACCCAACUCAAAAUUUCUGGUGAUGUCUCAAAGCUACCUCUGUUUUGUUACUCCUUGCUUUUAUUGCACAAUUGUCAUUAUAAAAACAUGUUCCAUUAAAGUUUACUUACUUGGUCAGUGCAAGUUUAGAAAUGUUUUUAAUUAAAAUACUCAAAGGCGCACUCAGUACCUUUUCUGUUGAAGAGUACAUCACCUGCUUGUCUCCAUGGCGAUGCUAUUGCUGUGCUUGAAAUGUCCCGCAUGGCAUUAAGUUGAUCUAUGUCUAUGGAGAGAAGUUAAUUCAGUUAAUUCAGAUUGGUGGAAAGGUGGUUCCACUCACAUAAUAAUUGCAUUUCUAGUGAUAAAAACACUUGUAAUUGGAAAAAAAGGAGGACGCGUAUAAUGCCAUACUGCAGUACAUUCCAGGCAAAGCAAUAACAUUUCCAUAAGACAGUGCAAGAUUGUGCACCUUUAAAUGGUACUAUGAUGAUUCUAUAUAUUGUACUAAUACCUAAAGUAACUUCCACAAAUAUGAACUUAUUGGCCUUCUGUUUAUCUAUCAACAUUACAAAAUCAUUUGCACUGUAUCUCAUCACUUUUAGAAAAUUAGAAUUUACAAUUGAAUUGAUUUAAAUGAAAUGUACAGUAUGUUAUUUUUGUGUUCUUUUAUUUUUUAUUUUAUUUUAUUUUUUGCAGAUGUAUUUAAUAAAAUGUUUGAAAUGA